GAAUCCCAAAGAGCGCCACUUUCUAUUCGCUAUCCGACAAAUCUUCCCUCCUCUUUUGUCCCCUUAACCCUUUUACACCUUACGCUUUGUAACUUGUAACCCUAGAGAGAGAGAGAGAGAGAAGCCUCUCCAGUCUCCACUACUUAAACCCUUCCUCUGUUUUCACUUUUCCUUUAAAUCAGCGUUUUAGUUUCCCUCGAUCAUAUCAAUUUUCUCAGAAGGAGGACCUAGAUGAUUCUAACUCCUUUGUGGAAAUCUCCUCAGUUUCAGAACCCAAUGGCUCUUCUCCUGUAACUCCAAAGUCUGAUACAAUACCUGUUGCUGCUGCUUUCAACUUUGAUCAUGAAAGUUCUGAUAUUUCUCCCAAUCAUGAUUCUGACGACGACUCUUCUUAUUCUGAGUUAGACUCGGAAACAGAGGCCUUUUACUCAUCUCUUAACCACCACCUGGUCUCACCAGGUGCAAUGGAUAGCCAUGACUUGGCUGCUGAGAAACAUAUGAGUUAUGAGGAGCUGAUGAAGAAAUAUGUCCAGUCCGAGGAAGAGCUUAAGACUACAAGUUUGAGGCUCCAAGAAUCUGAACAAGAGAUUGAGAAGCUUAAAGGUGAGGCUGAGAAUAGACAUACUGCUGCUUUGAUUUUGGAGAAUUUACUCGCUGUGAGUAGGGACAAAGCUAUUGAGACUGAGAAAAGCCGAGUUCUCGAGAUGCAAAGACAGGUUGUUGAUUUGGAAACUAUGCUCUCAGACUCAAGUUUCAAGUUUGGUAAUCUGGUGAAGGAGCUUAAGGUGAGUAGAGAAUGUUUAGAUGUGUCAGAUGCUGAGAUCUCAAAGCUAAGGGAAAUGUUGUGUGACUGUCAGCAAAGUUUCUCUACUGAGAAAACAAAACUGCAGAGUGAUAUUGCUGGUUUGUUAGCCAAUCAGGCUUUCUUUGAAGGUCGUGUUAAAGAACUCGAAUCACGCAGUGAGGUACUGGAAGAUCAGAUUUGGCAUUCUGACGCAGAGAAAAUGGAGAUGCAGAGGAAAGAGGUUGAGUUGCAAGGUGAAAUCAAUGCAUUAAAGACAGAGUUGGCUUCUCGAGGUGAGCAUAUUGAAGCAUUGAACAAAGAUUUCGACAAGCACAAGCUGGGAUAUGACAUGUUGAUGGCAGAGAAAGAUGGAGUCUGUGCUGAAGUAGACAAUUUAAAAGCAGUGAUGAGAACCAGAGACAUCCAGAUUCAGCAAAUGGAAGAGCAAUUUAACCAGCUGCGCUUAAAGUUUGUAUCUGAAUCAGGAAAUGGCAAGAACACUGUGGAGGAGGAACUAAGAGCUACGGUUAAAGAACUAGAGAAGCAAGCAGAGUUGCAGAGGAAUGUCAAGAACACUGUGGAGGAACUGAGAGCUACGGUUAAAGAACUGGAGAAGCAAGCAGAGUUGCAGAGGAAUGCGAUAUCAGAAGCAAAGGAAGAGAAACGAGAAGCGAUAAGGCAGCUUUGUUUCACUCUGGAUCACUACAAAAGCGGAUAUAGACAGAUUCUGAGGUUUCUUUCGGGCAAUAACAACAAGGAACAACAAACAACAGUCAUGGUCGUGUGAGUUGGAGUUGGAGUGAAUUCUCUUCUCUAUACUAAUUAGUUUACUCGUUGCAGUCUUAUUUCUUUCUUUUGUCUCAUCAUGUUUUGAGUCAUUCUGUGUUAUGGUCCUUCUCAGACAUUAAUAAAUCUUCAAAAUUAUUUUAGUAAGACUUGCAAUUUAUAUGAAA